CGGACGCAGCGGCGCGCGCGGCCUCCUCUCCGGAGAGGCCCGAGCGGGCGGGCGCGGCGCCCGGGUCCGCGGGCCGAGGUCCCCCCGGCCUUGGCGCAGCCGGCACUUGGCGGCCGCGCUCUUGGCGGCGGUGACGCGCCGCGCUUGGGUCAUCCCUAUUCCGGGAGCGCCGGGCCGUGGGCCGGAGGGUGUGUCCGCGCCCCGCGCUAUAAGGGCGGCGACGGCGCCAUGCAGCUCUACAGCAGCGUCUGCGCGCACUUCCCCGCCGGGGCCCCGCGUCCCGCCGCCCCCGCCGCCGCCUUCAAGGUCCCGCUGCCGCCGCCGGCCAGCGGCGCGCCCCAGCCCGAGCCCGAGCCCCGGGAGCAGCCGCCCGCCGCGCCCCGGGAGCCCGCCGCCGCCGCCGCGAUGCCCGCCUUCGCCGCCUGUUUCGAGGGCGCCCCCGCGCCCGCUCCGGUCUCCGCCGCGCCCCGCCGCCCUGCGCCUCAGGCGGCCGUGCGGGCCCUGGGCGCCGACGCGCUGCUGCUGCGUGGGCCCGCUCCCUCCGGCCCGCCGCGCCGCGCUGCUCCCGCGGCGGCCUGGCUGCUGGACGGGCUGCUGCGGCCCGACGGCCCCGCGCGCCCCUCCCGCCCGCCGCCGGCAUCCGACCCCCGUCUGCGCGAGCACCGCCAGGCCCUGGCCACCGCCCAGCGCCGGGGGCCCCCCGGCAGCCCCGAGCCCGGCCCCAGCCCGUGGGGCGAGGCGCGCCCGGCUGAGAGCGGCGCCCGCGGGCGGGAGAGGAGCGCGGACCGCGGAGUGGCCCCCGGCGCGGGCGAGGCGCGCCCGGCCUCCCACCCGGAGCCCGCCGCCCCUGCGAGCAGCGGCCCGGCUGUCCGGGGCGGCGCCGCCGAGGCGGGGGGCGUCCCCCGGGCGGACCCCCGGGACGAGAAGCUGGCCCUGUACUUGGCCGAGGUGGAGAAGCAGGACAAGUACCUGCGGCAGAGGAACAAGUUCCGCUUCCACAUCAUCCCCGACGGCAACUGCCUGUACCGCGCCGUCAGCAAGGCCGUGUCGGGGGACCAGAGCCUGCACCGCGAGCUGCGGGAGCAGACGGUGCACCACAUCGCCGACCACCUCGACCACUUCGGGCCGCUGAUCGAGGGCGACGUGGGCGAGUUCAUCGUCGCCGCCGCCCAGGACGGGGCGUGGGCCGGCUACCCCGAACUGCUGGCCAUGGGGCAGAUGCUGAACGUGAACAUCCAUCUCACGACGGGAGGGAAGCCGGAGAGCCCCACGGUGGCCACCAUGACGCACUACCUGGGCCCGGAGGAUGCCCGAAGGCCCAGCAUCUGGCUCAGCUGGCUCAGCAACGGCCACUACGACGCGGUGUUUGACCAGUCCUACCCCAACCCCGAGUAUGACAGUUGGUGCAAACAGACUCAGGUGCAGAGGAAACGCGACGAGGAGCUGGCCAAGUCCAUGGCCAUAUCCCUGUCCAAAAUGUACAUUGAGCAGAACGCCUGCUCCUGAGAGGCUUGGAAGCUGACACCCUGGGAAAACGGCACACUUCACUUGUGUUUGGAGAAUCACAUGAACUCUCAAUCAGGGUAAUAGCACUUUUAAACCUCCUAGUAGAGUUGCUGUCGGUGUGAUGCCUUAAUCAUGUUUUUUGAAUGUGUUUUCCCCAGAGCAGAAGGUUGCUGAGCACCUUGACAUGACGUUUCACGAGAGCUUUGGGUGAUCCUACUGCUAUUUGUCAUUUGCUGUAUAAAGUUAGCGCCACUUGAUUUGCAGACUCAUUUUUCUCCGUGUAAACGUGUUCAUUCCUGGUCAUCUAUUUUCUAUAAAAAUGUAUUUUUGCACAAUGUUUUUAAAAAUCGGUGGACCUUCAUCCAUGAUGUGUUCCAUUUUGACAGAGAGCUUCCAGGCCUAAAUCCAGAGAAGUGCUUUAUACAUUUGAACUAGUUUAUUAUUUUGAGCAGAGACUGUGAUUUUAAUAGUUAUUUUGUGUUGUUGAAAUAUGAAUUUUACAAUUCUUAAUUAUCUCAUGGAUAAUGAUGUGUUCACAGAAGAUCAGCCCAUUCCAUUUGAAUUCAGCAAACAGAUUUGUUGUUUUGGGAGUCAUUUUUCUAGGAAUGGUCAGCCUUUUAAAGAGAAUCCUUAAGGGAAAGUUGUGGGAGAAUUUUUUUUUUUUUUUUUUUUCUUUAAGGGAUAGUACCAGCUCUUGAGUGAAAGUCUGAUAUUUCUGAUGGCAGAGUGAUUAUUCUGUGUUCUGGUUGAUGUGUAGAGUGGGUUGUCUGGUGCUGUCAUCUGUUUUUAUUUCUGUCACUUUUAUUAUAAAAUGAUUUUAACAUGGCAUAUAACUUUGUGGCAAGAUAAAGUCUCCUGCUUUAUGUCACUUCUCGGGUUUACUUAAGAGAUUUAAAAACUAAGAGCAAAAAUGCCUCCAUCCAGCUUUGGCAGUUAUGUUAUAGCAGGAGAAAACUGUCUGAAUAUUCUAGUCCUUUCUCAAAAGGCAAACUAGCAUUGCCUUGUAUUAUGUAAAAAUGUCUGUAAACGGAGCUUGUAUGGUUUGCUGGGUCAAACAAUGUUCCCAAUCUAAAAUUUAUUUCAUUUCCAUUUUAGCUACUUUCAGUUAUAUUUAUUAAGUAAUGCAGUUUGUACUUUUUUAUUUUGUAACAUUUUGUGAAUUUUGUAUAAUACUGUAUUUGUACACUAGGGCGAUUCUCAGUUGAUGGAAUGAAUGAAUAAAUGAAUAGUUUUACUUUUA